AUGCUUCAACGGCAAUCACUCGUGGAGAAUUUAUCGUCGUUCGUCGAUACCAAACCCCCAAAACGUUGUUCCGACGUAGCAGCAGCGACCGAGAGUACAACAACAACUUGUAUGUUCCCAAAAGCGGUUACUGGAUACCCGGAAUUGUCCGAUGAGCCAAAUAGCCAUUUGGAUAAAAGCGUUUUGUGUAGGAUCUUCGUUCGAUUACCCGACGGGAGAAGAGUGCAGAAAAGUUUCCUCAAAUCAGAAUCGGUUCAGCUUCUCUUGUCGUUUUGCUAUUCACAGUCCCAGAUUGACCAAUCGGAGAGGAACAAGCCUUUCAAGCUGUUUCAAACGAUUCUGGUUUAUUACAAGAAUCUUUAUUACGGAUCUUACACGAGUUUCGAACAAUCUGGACUUGCCAACUCUUUGGUCUCUGUGACUUGGAUGUGA